GUUACAUCCAACAAGCACCCCAAAACAAGGUCUCGAGUCAAAUAAUACUAAAAAAAAAACGCGACACGCUUACCAUUCUCCCGUGGAAGGGACAAAAAGAAACAAAAGAUGGCUCCUCAUGUAAUCGUUUUCGAUCUUCUCACAGCUCUCCUGGACAGUUGGUCCUUAUGGGCCGAAGCCGCCAACAAUGACCGCAAAGCGUCAUACCGAUGGCGCACAAGAUAUCUGGAGUUGACCUUUGGAUGCGGCGCAUACCGUCCCUAUGAAGAUCUCGUCUAUGAAUCAGCCAAGGAUGCCGGCCUCCCGGAUAGUGUACCCAAAGCCCUGAUCGAGAAUUGGGAUCAGAUGCGCCCUUGGCCCGAGACUAAAGAUGUCCUGCUGCGGCUGAAAGAGAAAGGAUACCGCUUGGGAGUCGUCUCCAACUGUUCAGUUGAACUCGGCCGGCGAGCCGUUGCGUUGUGUGGUGUGGACUUCGAUGCGUUCGUGACGGCGGAAGAAGCCGGCUUCUAUAAACCUCAUCCGAAAGCAUACGGUACGAUCCUAUCGGCCUUGGGGGUGCAGCCCAGUGAUGCCCUGUUUGUCGCGGGCAGUAAUGGGGAUGUUGUCGGUGCAGCAGUGGCCGGUAUGGAUGUUGUUUGGCAUAAUCAAAUUGGUCUCCCAAGACUCCCCGGCUCUAAGCCGCGCCUUGAAGGUCGCUCUUUACAUGUCGUUCUAGAUCACCUCAGCCAGGUGGAGUCGACCUCGAUUACGUCCAGCCGGCCAUCGUCGCGACUUUAGACUUUGGGUGAGAAACUCGAUGUAUUGCACAUGAAUCCUAGCCGAUUGGAAGCUGGACUGCAUUUAUGCAAUAGCCCUUGGCGAGAAUGUGGGGAACGCGGAAACUUCAGCACGACCGUGGAAAGGGCAAUAUCAACCCCGUGUAGGAAAUGAGAUAUAAUGAGUUCAUGAAGGGCUCGUGGCGGUAAUAUCCUGCCCUUAUCGUUGCAGAGCCUUUGAAGUGUAUGUACACAUUUAGUAUGUUAC